CCAACAACAAGUGGGUUAAGGUUUGGACGCCGCGGCGACAUCUCCACUCCAGUUUCAGCCGCCGCCGGCGAGAGGUGCGGUAAGCUAUGGCGGACUCCGGCAGCCCGAGGAAGCGGGAGGAGGAGGAAGAGGAGGACGAUAUAGUCUGCCUGGAUCCGUCCUUCUUCGUCGACCGCAGCUACGAGAUGACGACCUUCACUUUCGGUUCACAUGAGUUGCGCCUGCUCUGCCUCCGGGCCGCUUCCACUGAUUAUGAUCUUACUGGACAGUUAGUGUGGCCAGGUGCAGUCCUAAUGAACAACUAUCUAUCUGAACACCCUGAAAAUGUAAAGGGAUGUUCAGUUAUUGAAUUAGGAUCUGGGAUUGGCAUUACUGGCAUAUUGUGCAGCCGUUUCUGCGAAAGGGUUGUCUUGACUGACCACAAUGAUGAAGUUCUUGAGAUUAUAAAGAAAAAUAUAGAGUUGCAGUCAUGUUCUGAAAAUGCACAUGCAGUGUUGACAGCUGAGAAGCUAGAGUGGGGGAACUCCGAUCACAUAAGCAGUAUUAUUGAAAAACAUCCUGGUGGAUUUGAUGUUGUUCUUGGAGCUGAUAUUUGCUUCCAGCAAUCUAGCAUUUCCUGCCUCUUUGAUACUGUAGAGAGGAUUAUUCGUACUCAAACCGGUAACUGCAGAUUCAUAUUGGCUUAUGUAUCACGAGCUAAAGUCAUGGAUGGGCUAGUACUCAAGGAAGCUGAAAAACAUGGAAUGUGUGUUAGAGAAGUGGAUGGAACAAGAGCAACCAUCUCAAAUCUUGAAGGGGUCAUAUUUGACAUUUCCCUGAAAUGACACCCUGCCCUUCGACUCUCCUUUCUCAAAAUGCUUCGGUGGUCAUUAGUCAUGAAGAUCUGUAGAAGUUCCUUGUCGCAGGAAAAUCAAAAUUCGACAUGUAUGAUGAGCUGGAGAUGCGGCAGUUGUAUCUCUGCUGAAGAUAAAGCAGUACCAUGUUAACAUCAUUACAGAUGAUUGGCUUCAACGCAUAUGCUGACUUAGUGUGGUUAUCUGCUUUUAACAGCCUUGAUCCUUUUCUCUUAUGAGGAGCGUCUUCACGGGCGCUGGUGCUACAACUUUCUCAGGCUAUCUAUCAGUGAGAUGACCACUCUGAAACUUCUUGUGACAAAAGAGUUGCUGAAAGCAGUGCCAUCGUAUAUGAGUUUCAGGUGCUGGUCUGAAUUCUGAAAAGCUCUGAAUCGCCAUGAGCUCGGGCUUGGUGUAACAUGUAAAACAUCGAUUGAACAGAAACCUUCAGCACAUCCUUCAAAGCAUGUAACAUGGAUCCAAUUUUUCGCCU